AUGCCUGCAUUCUCUCGCCUCGUCCGCUUCCUUGCCAAAGACGGCCUGGUGUACCACGGAGAUGCCAUUCUACCUUCAGGCGUUACUGAUAUUGCCCAAAUAACCAAAGCCAGGGUCAUCAAGGGAGAGAUAUUCGGUAAUCAUCAGGUUACGGAUCAAAUUCAGGAGGUGAAGAAGUUGCUUUGUCCACUUGCUCGCAAUGACAUCAGGACUGUUCGAUGUUUAGGCUUGAACUACGCUGAACACGCCAAAGAGUCAAACAUGCCCCUACCAAAAUACCCUGUUCUGUUCUUUAAACCAGUCACAGCCGCGAGUGGACCGACUGAUGACAUACCUGUCCCUCCAAUGGCCCAGGAAUGUGAAGGGUUGGACUAUGAAUGCGAGCUGGUAAUUGUCAUUGGGAAAGAGGCUCAUAAUGUACCGAAGUCAAAGGCGUUGGACUACGUGCUGGGCUACUCUGUGGGCAAUGAUGUGUCUCAUAGGGAAUGGCAGAUCAAGCGUGGAGGCAGCCAGUGGGGUAUAGGCAAGGGAUUCGAUGGAUGGGCUCCCUUUGGACCCGGAAUCGUAACUUCAAAAGUUAUACCGGACCCGAAUGCCUUACGGAUAUCAACAAAGGUGAAUGGGAAAACCGUGCAGGAUUCAAACACAAGGGAUAUGGUAUUUGGCGUGGCAGAGACGGUUGCAUUCUUAUCCCAAGGAACAACAUUGUUACCUGGUGAUAUCAUCUUCACUGGAACACCUCAAGGAGUUGGAAUGGGGAGGAAACCUCAGAUAUGGUUAAAGAACGGAGACAUGGUGGAAGUGUCACUCGAAAAUGUUGGAACAUGCGGCAACAAGGUUGUUCACGUUAAUACUUCUAAGCUGUAG